UAACCGGGAUCUCAGCUGUAUUAGCGGAAGACGGGCUUUAGGCUGCUAGUGACAACCGAAACAGCAAUAUGGGGAACUAGUCCGGGGAAGAGCGAAUGAAUCGUAUGGAUUAAACUAAACGUUUUUUGCUCAUAUUCUAGCACUUGCGUCUGCGCCGUUAUUCGUUCAAGAUAACGAAAUGUCGCGUUGAUUUUAUUACACACAUUCUCAUUAUUUCACUUAUCCGAGCUGCAGAUUUGCUAAAGUAGCAUAAAAUUGUAAGGUAGACACAGCAGACUGACGUGUGUGACAAACACAACGCUACAAUAGAUGUGAUCAUAUACUGAUACAUAUAGGAUUGACUGGCUGCUAAGCUGAAGACUAUUUUCUCGGCUUCGAGGCAACAGCAAUGCUUUCUGAAAUAUUGGGUUCCUGAUGCCCAGUUUGAACUGACCUGUAGUCUUUUGACACCAAAAGAGAGAGAGAGGAUUUUCAGUACGUGUAAGGCUAAAGACCAUCGCUUUUGUGCUAAAAGAUAUCAUGUCUUCCAGAGAGCGACGUUCUGAUCUGUACAUAAAGGCCGAACCUAGCAGUCCCGAGGGAGGAGGUGGUGGUGGAAGAACCAGUCCAGGAGGAGCCUCCUCAGACUCUUCACACAGUGGUGGAGGAGGUUCCAGAGGAGAAGGCACCGGGCGCUACUCCCCACCCCUUUAUACGCCCGCCCUGCGUUGCCACUUUAAGGAGGAGGGUGCGGAAGGUGCUGAGGAGGGCUCUACUGGUAACGGCGGUGGACGCUGCAAGUAUGCUCUAAGCACGCUUCCCAAAAGGCUAUGUCUGGUGUGUGGAGAUGUGGCUUCUGGCUAUCACUACGGGGUAGCUUCUUGUGAAGCCUGUAAAGCUUUCUUCAAACGAACCAUACAGGGAAAUAUCGAAUACAGUUGUCCGGCCUCAAAUGAAUGUGAGAUCACCAAGCGCCGCAGAAAGGCCUGUCAGGCAUGUCGAUUCACCAAGUGCCUCAAAGUAGGCAUGCUGAAAGAAGGAGUGCGUCUGGACAGGGUCAGAGGAGGGAGACAGAAGUACAAGAGACGCCCGGAGGUGGAGAAUGCCACGUACCAGAGUGCACCGAUACCUCUAAGAAAAGAGGGAGAAAAAGGCUCAUCCAGCAUCAUCGUGUCUCAUCUGCUGGUGGCAGAGCCAGAAAAGCUGUUUGCUAUGCCAGAUCCCCUACAGCCUGACACGGCCCAACGCACGCUCACCACUCUCUGUGACCUGGCCGACCGGGAACUAGUCGUCAUCAUCGGAUGGGCCAAGCACAUUCCUGGUUUCCUCUCCCUGUCGCUGGCGGACCAGAUGUCCGUGCUGCAGUCGGUGUGGCUGGAAGUCUUGGUGUUAGGGGUGGCCUACCGUUCUCUCGGCUGCGAAGACGAGGUCGUGUUCGCCGAAGACUUUGUGCUGGAUGAGGAAAUGUCUCGCGUGGCCGGUCUUACCGAGCUCAACGCUGCCAUCAGCCAGCUCGCGCGGCGUUUCAGGGUCCUGCAGCUGGACCGUGAGGAGUUCGUCAUGCUCAAGGCCAUAGCGCUCACCAACUCAGAUUCAGUGUAUAUUGAGGACAUGGAGGCCGUGCAAAAGUUAAGGGACCUGCUGCACCAGGCUCUACUGGAAAUGGAGGUCCAACGGCGUCCUGAUGACCCUCAGCGUGCCGGACGUCUCCUCCUCACACUGCCUCUCCUCAGGCAGACCGCCGGUCGGGCCCUCAGCACCUUCUACAGCAUCAAGACUCGCGGCGGCGUGCCAAUGCACAAACUCUUUUUGGAGAUGCUAGAGGCCAUGAUGGAUUCACCAUAGGGCGACACUUGGAUGACUUAUUGAGAAAGAAAGGAUGAGGAAAACGGGCAGAUGCUUGCCCAAAGUCUUUUAUUUGUGAUAGUGCUUUUUCCUGUGAAAUGAAGGGUAAGGGCUAAGAAAGCCGAAAGAACGCGUUUUGACAGAAGAGUUGAAUAUGAAGAAGAUGCUUUGUGUAAUCGCAGCUGUCCGCUGAUAACCUGAGGUACUCUUUGAAAACGGUAGUUCACGUCAAAUUGUCCACUUUCAUUUGAUUUCACAAAAUUAAUAUUUAUAACAGUGUUAGUCAGUGAAUUUCACCGACUGCAAUUCGAUUUCUCACCUCAUGGCCAUCCUGUUUCCUCAAGAUAAGUGUUUAUAGAAGCGAACCAUUACUGUAAACUCAGAGAAAUUUACGUGCCAAGGGCGUCUACUGAGACUGCAGCAAUAUGAACUCUUCGUAAAAUAUGUUUUUUUACGAACGUUGGCCAUUCAAGAAACAAAACGGCUCUAUCACUACAGUUAUAAUCAACAGUAAGCUUUCUUUAUCGUCAUAAACUCGCACUGGUUUACUACAGUGAGUUAAUAUCUAUAUGAUCCUCUACAAGUGCAAGAUGUUUUAAUAUGCAAAACAGUUAAAGAUAAGAGAAGACCAACAGGAUUUAAUACACAAACUUUGAGUUUAGUUUACUGGUAUACACUGGUACAUUUACUACGAGCAAAUAUAAUACAUGUUAUAUUAUGAAAAGCAAUACGAAAAUUUCAUAUAUUUAGUUUGAUCAGCUUUUUUAAAAACGGCUACAUAUAGUCCUGCUUAAAAUCGCAAUUUAGUUGUGGUGUGGACAGUAAAAAAUACACCUGGUGUACAUCACCGUCCUUUGUAUAUUUACCAGUUUAAACAGUCAUCAUUUUUAGAUGUGGUUUGUGUGAAUGAGAGACAAUGUAGGUACUACAAAUGCAAAGUGCACAUGCUGAGCUGAACUGAAUUGAAGGUGCAUCUAAAUCAGGGUUAAAGAGGGGUGUUAAGCUCCCGUAGGCCAGCUGACUACUGUACUACUUCAAUUUUGCUGUGAGUUUAUUUUUUUUAAGUUUCGGUUGAAAAAAAAGACUCUGUGGGACCUUGUGUCGCAUUCUGUUCCCAAGAUAACCUCAAUUCAUCUGUUGGUGACCCAUUGAGCCAACGCUGUUGGAAUCAUUCAGCUCAAACGCAUUUAUCGCUUCUGCAUUCUGAAACAUUGGAAGUUUUUCAUUAAACCGGAGGAGAGAAAAUAUUCCUUGCUGUAUUCCACUUGGACGCAGCGGACGGUCUGUGUCAGUUCAUUUGAACCAGGAGAUUCUCAUUGUGUGUAUGAUGUUCAAACUGAGCGCCUAUGAGGCGCAGAGCAACGUUGAAUGCAAAUCGGAACGCCCCGGAACGUGGGGUCAGUUUGAAACUAUAAUUUUUUUGGGAUAUGUGUUUGUUUUACUGCUGUGUGUUUGUUUGCAGGCGAUCGUCUGGUAUUAUAUGCAAUCAUACUCGGUUGAGUGCUACAACUCCGCUACCUUUUAUUUAUUAGAUGCAUUUAAAAACAGGAGGAAGAAAAGCCAGUUGCCAUUUUGGCCACUUACCAAGAACUAAAAUUGAACCACUGUUCUACAUUCAGACCUCUGAGGUGAUGUCAUGUCGUCAGGGUGAUUUUCACUGUACAGUUUUAGCAGCAAUGAUUGUAUGUUCAUGCUAUACGUCAAAUCCAACCACAUCCUGGACCGAACGAAUCUUCUGGGGAUGUACCUACAACAUUUUCACAAUAAAUCUGUAUAUCUAAUAUUCUCUCUCUCUCUCUAUAUAUAUAUAUAUAUAUUCUUUAGCAGUCAGCUAAUCGGUUUCUGCUGUCCUGGAUUUUGGCUGACUUUAAUUUUGGUUUUCCAUAUAUACACCAUGAAGCUUGGCCUCAGGUUUGAAAUAAAGCAAUCCAUUUGGGAGAAUGUUAUGAAAUGUCUGUUUUUUAUUGAAUUGUCCGUUUGAUUUAUUUUAUUUUUUGUAAUUAAAAAACACAUUUUGCAGGAAACCUGAAAGCCAGUGAAAGUUGUAUGUACUUGUCUCUUUUUGUGAAAUUUUAUUCAAAUUUAGUAUUGGGAGAUUGCAGACACUAAUAUGAUAUCAGUGCAAAACUUUUGCUUUGUUUCUCAUUCUUGUAUGCCACCAUUUUGUCUGAUAAGGGAACUUGUGCAUACGUCAAUAAAAAAUGGUUUCUUUUUCAAUUAAUCUGUACACUUUAUAAAAAGUUUAUUCUUUUAUGAAAAAAAAAUCUAUUUGGAUUUUUUUGUUUUUCUCUUUUGUACACACAAGUGUAUGUCUCUCCUACGUGGUUAUUGAGGUGUCUUGAAAUGUGUACAUAACCAAGAAUGAGUGGGUCCAUUCAAAGAUGGCUGUAAAAUAUGUUAAUGUUUGUAAUAAUAAUAAUAAUAUGAUGCUAAUAUAACAAUAUUACAGUAGUGUUUUAAUAGCAGUAAGCAUUAAAUUAAAUUAAACAAAGCCAUUUUGUCUGUCAAACAUAGUACAUAACAUGAUUGAAAGCUAAAUUAAAUCCACAGCUAGAUGUUUGUGUGUCUGUGUAUAUUUAUGUAAAUGAGCAAUACCAGAAUUUACCAAAAUGUCUGUUUUCACAUUUUUCUGUAUGUUGAUAUACUGUAAAUCAAACCUCAGCAGUACCACUAGUGACAGUAAAUAGUAAUAAUAAAACCUACGGUUAUGAACAAAUGGAUAUUUGUAUUCAAAACUGUUGUAUUUAAAAGAUUAAAAUCUAUUUUUUACUCGAUUUGCGGAUGUUUAUUAAUAUUAUUGUUCUGGUGUUUGUGUGUGUUUAAGUCAAAUGAUUGUAAAUGUCUGUGCAUUUUCUUUCUUUUUGUAAAUCUCAGUGGUUCUGUGGUAGUAAAUAUUUCCACACUUUGUUUAUAUUGAAUCACUGUGAAGAUGAAGCAAACACUAUAACACCACCCGAGUAUUUUAAAGAAUAUUGUCAGUGUCAAUGUGUUUUCUAAUAAAUUAACACACCUCA